AUGUUGCAGCUCCGCAUUGUUCCGUGCCUGCUCGCUCUUCUGUCUCUUCGCCUAGCCGCUGCCUUGACCGUUCCCCAAGAGGUCCUGCAUGAGCAGAAUGACAUCUAUGAGCUCGAUGAUGAUGAUCUGUCAGUGAACACCACUGACAUCUCAGCAUAUGAUGUUUCCACCUUGGACUUCCGGUCGUGCGAGACCUGGGAUGUCGAUCAAUGGGACUACGAUGUAGCGAUCGUUGGUGGUGGCCCUGCUGGUCUGGCCGCGUCGAUGUCGCUAGGUCGCGUAGCCCGUACGUCAUUGAUGUACGACUCAGGGCAAUACCGAAACGCAAGAACCCGUUACAUGCACGAUGUGCUUGGUCAAGAUGGUCAGGUCCCCAAGAAUUUCCGCAUUGCGGUUCGUGGCCAGAUCGAUCAAUAUUACAGUGAUUACUCUUUCCGUGCAACCCAAGGUACUAGGGUCACCGCCAUCCAGCCUCUCUCAAAGGGCUUCCGCGUUUACGAUGACAAAGGAGGCAAGACCCUGGUUCGAAAGGUGAUUUUGGCCACCGGUAUCACAGAUGUACUGCCAAACAAGACUGGAUUUGCGGCAGCAUUCGGCAGAGGCUUGUUCUGGUGCCCGUGGUGUGAUGGAUACGACUACAAGGGACGAACAGUUGUGGUCAUUGGAACGCCAGGUAAAUUUGGCAGCGCCAUCGGCAAUGCGUUGAACAUGAGAAAAUUGACGACCAACAUUCAAAUUGUUGCCGGUGGCGUCCUCAGCGCGGCGGAUAAGGCUGCUGCUGAAGAGAGAUGGCCUGGGUGGGAGAAUAUCCUCAAAACCAAGUACAACAUUCCUGUUCAUCAAGUCGAUGUCAAGACAAUUGAGCGAACCGCUAAAGGAUCAGAGCCCGGUGACGACGAGUACAAACUCACGCUGAGUGGACAGCCACUUACCAUUACCACCCAUGGAAUUCUGAUCAGUGCUCCCACUAAGCAGACCUCUGAACUGCAUAAGCAGUUGCACCUGCAAAUGGAUGGGAGCUCUAUCAAGGUCGAAAAAAACAUGGAGACUAGUGUGGGCGGAAUCUAUGCUGUCGGCGAUGCCAAUAAUGACGGUAGUACGAAUGCUUACCAUGCUAUGUGGAGUGCCAAGCGGGCUGUUGUGAAUGCCCAUGUCGCUAUCUCCAAGGAGGAAUAUCUUGAAUCCGUACCUGCUGCCAUGGUGGCAGCACACGGUGGAGAUGAAGAGUUCUACCAGCGCCAGAUUGAGGAGCUGCAAUGGAUGAUGGGUAAUGAUGUAGAGGAACUCUACAAGGCCCUGGGUGGAUAA